CAUACUUUCAUGUUUCGAAAUGGAAAAUGGAAGUGAAUUUAAUUGAACUUUUGAAUUUAAUUUUGUACUACUGGUUUUGUUAUUGACUUUUUGGGUCAAAAUUGACUACGAGAUAAAAGAAAACUGGAAGGCCGAAACUGUCAAUUCCACUUUCAGAUAGACCAUUCCUGGAGAGUUGAGUGUUCAUCCUCUCAAUCUGCUGCAAAAUGGAGUGUGCUCUCCUUUCAGCCUCAGCAAUUCUCCCUCUGACUAAAGAUGUUCAUGUAGUCUCAAUGACAUGCCAGAGCUCAUUAUUUGGUAAUGGUACAUAUAAAGGUUUUAUUGUGAGAAGAAAUACUAGUUCAGCUGGCAUAAGAAGCCCUCUCACUGUAACUUCAGUGUUCAGGAGGAAAACAAAGAAGCAGACCAUUGUCCCUGACCCAGAUUAUCGUAUCCCGAUUGUGCUUCUAGGCACAGCUGGCUGUUUGAUUUAUACACAUAAUUUACUAGCAGCCGCUCCUGCAGGUCUUCUUGGAUUACUCUUGUUAUUCCAGGUGAAAAUGGUUUUUCCAUCUGCAGACAACAAGAGUUAGAUUUGUCUUUGAUGAUGAGGCUCUGGAGGUUAAAGUGGGGAGGCAACUAGAGGAGUCUGGCGAAAAUGUUUUUGUAGGUGGAAAGAACCGCUGGAAAUACUCGUCGUUUGUGAAUUGGGAACUUUGGUGGCCAAACUUCCCUGUUUUAGUUUAUUUCAAAGAGAGACAGACUAAGCCUGAAGGCCAAGUGCACUUUUUCCCUGUAAUAUUUUAGAACGGAAAGCAUCUCUACGAUGUAAUGGUUGAAAGAUGUGGCAUUUCAAAAACUAGCGGCCCCAAGUAGACAGUAUGACUGUAUGAGCUCUAAGAACACUUGAAAACCUGUUAUUGUCUCUACGCAUAAUAUAAGCGACAAGGGAGGGGAGAACACAUGCUUGGAGAAAUCAUGGAUCCAUAUAAUCCUGUGCCAACAAGCUAUUAUAGGUCAUGCUUAUAUAGGCACGCAUUCCACCAGAAACAAAACUGUUCGACCAAAUGUCUCUGAGUGUUACAAUAAGGUGUACUACAUAAUACAGUAUUUAUUUUGUUGGAUGUUGUCAAUUUAAUUGGCAUAUUGUCAGGACAUGAUAAAUGCUGUUGUAUUGUCAGGACAUCAGAAAAUGGUUUCAUUACAUCAUAUGCAAUAAAUGGCCAUUCUAUUUCUUCAUUGAGUACUCC